GUGUCUUUUUCUUGGUUGAAUGAGACUAAUAGUGUAGUGUAGUGUACAUUGGAAGUGCAUUAUAUCUUAGUUCUGCUCUUACCUUUACACUGGGAAACAGUAAAUUAAAUAUUAAGCAAACAGAUAAUAUUUUAGAGUUUUAAACAAACGUAAUUAUGCUGUGUUCCUGUGCUCUGCAUUAGACAUUUUUGUCAGCAAUGUACAAGACGUCCGGAAGAAUAAGCCACUUGUUCUUUGAGAGUGGUUCAUAACCUACUGGUACCAAGUAUCGCGUGAUGUGAGCUGUGACGUUUAGUGAGCGAUACUUGUUCAUUCUGGCCAACGUUACGCACCUCGUUUUGUUUAACAAGGUUGUUGGCUUGGUCGUUGGUUAUUUUUCAUUCAUUUUGUCUAAAUUUCUUGGCGGUUGUCUGUGAAGAGUUCAUUUUGUUCGCUCCCUUUACGGGGAACAGAGAGAGCUGCGAUGUAUAACGGCAUCGGGCUGACCACGCCACGGGGCAGCGGCACCAAUGGCUACGUACAGCGGAACCUGUCGAGCGUGCGAGCCAAACGUAACAGAGAUGAGCGCGGCGGGCUGAAGGACGAGAAGGACCGGGAGCGUCUGGAGAGCCAGCUCAACAGGCAGCCCAACGCUGACAUCCUGGAGCACCAAAGGAAGAGGCAGCUGGAGGUCAAAUGCGCCGAACUGCAGGACAUGAUGGAGGAGCAAGGCUACUCUGCAGAAGAGAUUGAUGAGAAGGUGAACAGUUUCCGUAUGAUGCUGCAGGAGAAGCAGGAGCCCCCUCCCCCUCCCACAGAGAAACCCACCGUGACAGAGACCCACGCCCUCGCUGCCGCCAACCAGCAGAAGAACGACCGGCUAAGAGCCGCCUUCGGCAUCGAUGCCGACUACGUGGACGGCUCCUCGUUCCACCCGGAUCGCAAAGAGCGUGAGAAGGAAAAGCGGGAGCAGGAGAAGCUGGAACGGGAGAAGCAGCAGCAGCAGCAGCAGCAGCAACAGCAGCAGCAGCAGCAGCAGAGAUACCAGUUAGAAGAGUCCGAGGAGUCCGACUCAUCAACUCGAAAACAGAGCCGAAAGAAGAAAAGAAAGAAAGGCAAAAGCAGAGAGAGUUCUGAAAGUCCUUCUCCUUCGCCUCGACGGGAAAAGAAGAAGAGCAAGAAGAAGAAGAAGAAAAGGGAGGAACUGGUGGAGAGUGACAAAGUGAGCAGUUCAUCUGAGGACAGACAGGUGUCGAAGAGGAAGAGGAAGAGUAGCAGAAAUGAUACCCCGCCCCUCACAAAGAGCCGAAAGAAACGCAGUGCAUCAUCCAGCUCCGCUCACAGUGACUCUCCUGCUCCACCCAAGGAGAGGCAACAGAAUCGGCCAGUGACUAGGCCAGAGGAGAGCCGGAAGGGCAGGUCACCAGGUCGCAGGGGUCAUGGCCGACACGACGAGAGCCCAGACAGGAGGGAAGGUAGAGAGAGGUCUCCGAGACAUUCCAGGUCCCUUGAACGAAAUAAGCGAGACAGGGAGAAGGAAAGGGAGAGAGAAAAAGAAAAAGCCGCGAGAGGACGGCAUGACUCCUUGUCUCCGUCUCCACCCCCGAAACAGCAGAGGGACAGGAGGCCACGGAGCGAGGAGCAAGAGAAGGCACCUCCCAGGAGAAGGCAUGACUCCUCCUCUCACUCUCCUUCUCCCAGACAGCAGAAGGAAGGGAAGCAGAGGAGCACAGAGAAGGAGCGUGAGGAGGAGAGGAGGAAGACGGACCGGCAGCAAAGACGACACGACUCCUCAUCAUCGCCGUCACCACAGAAAGACAGAGCUUGGAGAGGACGGAGCAGCGAGAAGGAGAAAAGGCCUUCACCGACCGCACAUUUGGACAGGGCCAGGGACGGAGGGCGAGACAGGGACAGGCAGAGGGACAGGGGAGGGGUCCCCACUAGUCGGAAAGACGACCGGGGAAGAGGGAGUGAUAAAGUCAGGGAGAGGGAAGGAGCCGGAACUAGUGACUCUGCGUCCCCCGCACGGUGCUCGCCGCCCUCAAGGCCCAAGCAGAAAGAAACAGAGCGCAACAGGGACCGAGAGGAGCAGAGGGAGAGGGAGGAGGCACGCCGACGAGAGGACAAGAGGAGGAAAGAACGAGACUCGGGGAGGGAAGAGGCGUCUGGCUCGGGCAGGCAGCCUUCAAACGGGAAGCACUCGGAGGAGAGACCGUUGGGGAGGGACGGAGAAAUAGACAGGAGGACCGAGCGUGACAAGGUCCCAGUGGAGAGAAACGACAAGGGGGUGAGGGAUGGGGAGGAGAGGCUGGGAAGAGCGCGGGACCAGAGCCUGCAGGAGGAGGAGAGAGACAAGGAACAGAUGAAACCUGGCAAACGACAAGACAAAAAAGAGGAGGAGGUGAAGAAAAGCAAGACCAAAGCUGCCAGCAGCAGCAGCGGCAGCAGUGGCAGCAGUGACAGCAGCAGCAGCAGCGAUAGUGACAGUGACAGCUCCUCUUCCUCCUCCUCUUCCUCCUCCUCUUCCUCCUCGUCAUCGUCCUCCUCCUCAUCCUCCUCAUCCUCGGACGAUGAAAAGAAGGAGAAGGCAGCCACCGAUGGGAACAGCGGUUUUGGUAAGCUGGUGCCUCACGCUCUGAUGGCUCAGGCUGUGGCUCAGAGAGAGGAGAAAGGAGGAAGGGAAGUGGAAACGGAGAGGGAGAAGACCUCCCCCGCAGAGAGGAGGAGCGCUGUCUCUACACCAGCUCAACCCGUCCAUGCUCCACAAAUCAGGGACGAGGAGAGGGACAAGGGAGGCCGGGAGACGACCAGAGACAGGAGGCUGACGCCAUCAACACCUCCACAGAGAGCGGCCCAGAGGGAGAGCCACUUGGAGAGGGAAAGGGAUCGUGGGAAAGAGAGGUACACUCCCACAGAAAUCUCCAGCCCUCCUCCGUCCCCUCAGAAGGACAGGGGGCGAGAGAUGGGAGGGAGGAGGUACAGCCCCCAGGAUGAGGGCAGGACCCACAGCAAAGAUCCUGGAAGGCCCAGAGAAAGAUACUCCCCCUCAGAGCUCGAGCGUGAAGCAGACCGCGCCUCACUCAGCAGGGAGAGGAGCAGACCAAAUGAGAGAAAACGGGGGUCACCACCCCUCUCACCGAAAGGCAGAGGACGGAAGGAGGGGUCACAGAGCAAACGGCCUUCGUCUCGCUCCCGGUCUCCAGCACGACGCACUCCACCUCGGCAGUACCUAGAUCCUGCCCGCUCCCCCAGCCCAAGGCGAGCAACCAGGAGAGCCUCCCCAGCACGGAGCCCCCCUACCUCACACAGGGACAGGGACCGGGAACGGGACAGGGACCGAGACCGCAGCCGGGACAGGGACAGGGACCGAGACCGCAGCCGGGAACGGGACAGGGACAGGGACAGGGACCGAGACCGCAGCCGGGACAGGAACCGCGACCGAGACCGCAGCCGGGACAGGAACCGCGACCGAGACAGGAACCGGGACCGGGAAAGGGAGCGUCUCAGGGAGAGGGAGCGAGACAGAGGGAGGGCAGGAGACAGAGAUCGCUCCCGAGAGAGGCGAACGAGGAGUAGCAGGUCACGAACGCCACGUAGACGCAGCCCCCUCUACAGGUCACGUCGUUCUCCUUCUCCUGCCUACCGGCGCAGAAGUAGCCGGUCUCUGUCCAGAGAGCGGGAGAGAGAGCGGGAGAGAGAGAGGCAGAGGGAGCGAGAGAAGGAAAGAGAAAAAGAGAGGAAUCGUGAGCAAGAGAGAGAGCGCGAACGGGAGAAAGAGCGGGAGAAAGAAAGGGAGAAGAAUGCAAGACCACCUCCAUGCCGCUCUCCCUCCUCUUCCUCUACAUCAUCCUCCUCCUCAAGUUCAUCCUCCUCAUCCUCACCCUCUCCUCAGAGGAAGGUGAAUGCAGAGAAAGGGAUAAAGCUUGAUUCCCAGAAGGACCGAAAAGCAAGCGAUAACAGGGACAGAAACAGAGAACCUGAGAAGUUAAAGUCUCGUUCCCCCACCCCUCCACCCUCACGAGACACACGUGGCCCACCUAACCGGUCUGGCCAUAGAUCCCGCUCAAAGGAACCUCCUCACCGUUCCAGAUCACCAGCUGUCAGCCAAUCAGAAACAAGGGAGCCAUCCAGGGGAAGAUCACGGGGCCAGUCACCAGCGGAGCAUCACCCAGCUCAAAACCAAGAACGCUCAACCAGAGCGGAGGAUGCAGUGAAUGGAGGACCCGAGAAGGAUGUCAUAGGGCAACGGAAGAACAGUAGGAGCAGCUCUAGUUCUUCGUCAUCCUCCUCUUCCUCAUCGUCAUCCUCGUCAUCGGAUAGCUCUGACUCUGAGGCAGAGAAGGGGAAGGGGCCUGGCAAAGCAGUUGCAGCUCAACGGUCUUCCUCAUCUUCCUCAUCCUCAUCAGCCAGUGACAAGGAAGCAAAAAAGAAAAGCCCUCCCCGCAGGACGAGGGUGCCUGCAGACUCUCUGAGGGACUCCAGAUCCCUCAGCUACUCUCCCCCUGCUCGGCUGCGCAAGACUGCCCGCUCUCCUCCUGAGCCAAGGAGGUCCAGAAGCAGAUCUCCACGUAGCAGACGGAGUAAAUGACUGCGUUUAACUGUACCUCCUCCUCUUGGCUCUGUCCCCUUGGAUGCUUUCCAGUACCCCACCUAGAGUGUACAGUCUGAACUCUGCUGGUGCGUGAAUCGGAUGCAGCCAGCGCCUCUCAUGAAGACACGUUUUGAUCUGGAGUGAAAUUUAGCCUCUUUUUUUUUUUUUUUUUGGUACUAGGAUUUACCAAUGGGGAUCUUUUGUUUAUUUUCACUUUUAUUAUGAUGUAAUUCAGUUGUAAGGAGAGAAGAAAUGCUCAUCACUUAUUGUUCUGUGCCAACGGAUCCUCCCACACGGUUUAUGUAAACACCAGUACAUAUCCAUACCAAAAGAGUCCCGUACUUCUCUCUACCCACUUCUGAAUGUAGAUAAAACUUGUAAUGAAAUUGUUAUUGCUGAACGGACAGUGUCCUGCUUUCAUGUAUGUGAUUAGAAUCAAAACUUUUGUUUCUCUUUGUGGAAAAAACCCAAUGAAUAAUAAUAAAAGCGGUUGUAUCUUCA